GCUAAACCCUAGAAAACACGAAGCGACCGCGGGUAGCAGGAGCAGCAGAGAGCGGCCAUGGGCAUCGAUCUCGUCGCGGGCGGCAGGAGCAAGAAGGCGAGGCGCACAGCCCCAAGGUCCGACGAUGUCUACCUCAAGCUCCUCGUCAAGCUCUACAGGUUCUUGGUGCGAAGGACGGGGAGCAAGUUCAACGCGGUGAUACUGAAGAGGCUGUUCAUGAGCAAGAUCAACAGGCCUCCGAUCUCCCUCAAGAGGCUCAUCACUUUCAUGAAUGGGAAGGACAACAAGAUUGCUGUUAUUGUCGGGACGGUUACCGACGAUAAGAGGGUUUAUGAGGUUCCAGCGCUCAAGGUGACGGCUCUGAGGUUCACGGAGACGGCGAGAGCUAGGAUUCUAAAGGCCGGUGGCGAAUGCUUGACGUUCGAUCAGCUUGCUCUGCGGGCACCUCUCGGGCAGAACACGGUACUCCUCAGGGGUCCAAAGAAUGCCAGGGAAGCUGUGAGGCACUUUGGUAAGGCUCCCGGUGUUCCACAUAGCCACACUAAGCCUUACAUCCGGUCCAAGGGGAGGAAGUUUGAGAGGGCUAGAGGAAGGAGGAACAGCAGGGGUUUUAGGGUUUAAGUCAGGUUGUCCCUUUCUCUUAGAACUAUUUACUCCUGCUGUAGCAUUAAGAGGUUCCUAUCAUCAUUGCUUCUAUUGCUCAUUUCAAUUUUAGAAAGCAAACGGCAAGAUUUUUUGUUAAGACUUAUAAUGUUUGCAUCAUCAGCACAAUAAGACAUUUUGUUUGAUUCCUACCCAUUUUGAAGCUUCUAUUUUAAGGUUGAUG